AUGUCUUUGGAUUCCAAUCGGUUCGUUCCUUAUGUUGAUAUUUAUUUUAAGAUUUACUUCUUCGGUGGACUCAUUUUCCAAUUUGUUCUGUUAAUUCUCAUUCUAACCAAAUCACCAGCUAUCCUAUCCAAUCUGAAGUUUUUUCUCAUCAAUACUUGUGCUUUACAAAUUGUUCUGAUAUCACUGGCAUUCUUCACUCAACACAGAAGUCUUCCGAAUUCCAAAUCGUUUGCAGUUCUCCCUCACGGUCCCUGCAGAUCGUUUGGACCAAAUACAUGUUUCACUGCCUAUCAUCUCUUCCUGGGAGUUGCACUUUGUGUUGGACUCGGGAUAUCCAACACAAUUAUAUUCAGAUUUCGAGUAUUACGUAAGGGAAGAGAGUCACGGAAAAGGAUAAUCACAAUGAUUUCGUUGACUUAUAUUCCUUCGUUAGCCAUCAUUAUUCUUCCAUUCACAUCUCCAUGGAAUUUCGCAGAAGUUCGUGCUGUCACCUACUUCGAGCAUCCAACUUAUGAUCUAUCAAUCUACGAACCAUUCGUCGGAUUCUUCACAAUCACUUCAUUCCAAUUCCUCUCUGCCACAUUUCUACUCGUAAUCGGUGCCUACGCGAUUCCAGCCGUUUCAGGAUUUCUAACCACACGGGUUAUCCAUCUGAUCAAUGAUAACCGCGGCAUGUCUUUGAAAACCAAAGAGCAUUCAAAAACAUUGGCUUACGGACUCGCUUGUCAAACAUUUCUACCUGUUAUCUGUUAUAUUCCAUUUCCGAGUUGUUAUAUUUAUAGCCAAAUUAGUAAUGUUGAGAUGUUGUUGACAGAGCAUCUCCUGGGUAUUCUGAUAUGUUUACCAUCAUUUCUAGAUCCAUUUAUAUCAUUUUACUUCAUUGUUCCCUACCGACAAGCAAUACUCGGAAUCUUCAAGUGCCGGAAGUCUAAACCAUUGAAAACUGUCAUUAGUGUUCGUCGUUUGUCAAAACAAAACGCUUCAAUAAUUGAUUCAAACUGA